GGGCGGGGCCCACGGGCAGAGGUGGGGCGGGGCCAAGAUGGCGGAGCUGGACCUGCUUGGCUCCAUCCUCAGCGCCAUGGAGCGGCCGCCGGGGCUGGGCGACCAGGAGGCGCGGCGCCGGGCCAGGGAGGAGGCGGCGCGACUGCGGACGCUGCAGGAGCAGGACAAGCGGCACAAGGCCGAGUUCCGUAAGCGGAUGGAGCGCGAGGUGUCAGACUUCAUCCAGGACAGCGCCGAGCCACGGCGCCGCUUCGCCCCCAUGAGCAAGAUCGAGCGCAGCAUCCUGCAUGACGUGGUGGAGGUGGCCGGGCUGAGCUCCUUCUCCUUUGGUGAUGAUGAGGACACGCGUUAUGUCAUGGUCUUCAAGAAGGAGUUCGCGCCGUCAGACGAGGAGCUGGAGGCCUAUCGCCGUGGUGAGGAGUGGGACCCGCAGCGUGCAGAGGAGAAGCGACGCCUCCGGGAGGCAGCGGCCCGGGAGGCAGAGCUGGAGGCGGCACGGGGGCCAGCGGUUGUGAGUCCCCAGCACGACUACAAGGACAAGUACAGCCACCUCAUUGGCACAGGCGGCGGGAAGGGCGCUGCCCAUGCCAUGGAGGCCAACAAGGCCUACGGCUGUGUGCCUGUGGCUAACAAGCGGGACACGCGCUCCAUCGAGGAGGCUAUGAACGAAAUCCGUGCCAAGAAGCGGCUGCGGCAGUCUGAGGACGAUACCGCAGGCACCCCUGCACCCCCCUAGAGCCCAGGGGGGAGACCAGGGGGACCCCUUAGGAGGUGGGGGGGGCUUAAGGGCCUUGCCAAAUAUGCUGCUAUGUCAGGACUCCUCUGAGGGGCAGGGGGUGGGAAGGAGACCUCCCCCCAGUCCCUUGGUGGGGGGGGACGGUGUUAUGUGGAUUUUAAUUGGUUUUAGUGGCUCUAGGCGCUGGGCGGGGGGUUGAAUGGCAUACUGGGGAGUGAGGGGUUAAAUGGGGUGGAGUCUGGAGGAGGGGCAGAGUCUAGUCCACAAUGUGGAGCUCCAGAGCUCUCCCCUCAUCCCACCAGGGUAUAAGCGGGUCCCUGUGUAGGUUUGAUGGGGGGAUCCCUUUUAAAUGCUGAUUAGAGGGUGGGGCUUAGAGGACUGCUGUGUUGACCCCCAAUAAAUUACCUGUUUUACCAUGA